CAACCUUCGUUUCCAAUUCCCACUUCUCCCUCUCCCUCUCUCUGCUUCUCCUUUCUGGCUUUAGGGCUUCCCUUCAAAUGGCUGUUUCCACCAGUUUUUCCGGUGCUAAAUUGGAAGCCCUUUUGUUCAAAUCGGCUUCAAAUUCUUCCUCCACCAGGAAUUUGUCUUCUUCUCACCUUCCCGGUUUCUGUAAAUCCAUUCGAACCAGGAGAAUUCUAUUUCAGCGAACUGGGGUUUCCUCUUUCACCCCAUUCAAGUGCGAGCUUGCUUCUUCUGAUGUUUUGGUUCAGAAUGAUGAAAUUGAUCCACCUAAAUCUUCUAAUCUCUCUGCCCUUGAACAGCUCAAGACCUCUGCUGUUGACAGAUAUACAAAGGAAAGAAGCAGCAUUGUUGUCAUUGGGCUUAGUAUUCAUACAACACCUGUUGAAAUGAGAGAAAAACUGGCCAUUCCUGAGGCAGAGUGGCCUCGAGCCAUUGGAGAGCUCUGUGGCUUAAACCACAUUGAAGAAGCAGCCGUUCUUAGCACCUGCAACAGAAUGGAGAUAUAUGUUGUUGCUUUGUCUCAGCAUCGUGGAGUGAAGGAAGUGACUGAAUGGAUGUCCAAGACAAGUGGAAUCCCGGUUUCGGAGAUUUGCCAGCACCGGUUUUUGCUGUAUAACAACGAUGCCACACAACAUAUUUUCGAAGUUUCAGCAGGCCUUGACUCUCUUGUUCUAGGAGAAGGCCAAAUCCUUGCUCAGGUUAAACAAGUUGUCAAGGUUGGACAGGGUGUUGCAGGAUUUGGAAGGAACAUUAGUGGGCUUUUCAAGCAUGCCAUCACGGUGGGUAAACGGGUAAGAACAGAGACUAAUAUUGCUGCUGGAGCUGUUUCUGUGAGUUCCGCUGCUGUCGAAUUGGCCUUGAUGAAGCUUCCUGAACCUUCACAUGCCACUGCCAGAAUGUUGGUGAUUGGAGCUGGUAAGAUGGGAAAGCUUGUAAUUAAACAUUUGGUUGCUAAAGGCUGCACAAAGAUGGUUGUUGUGAAUCGGUCUGAAGAGAGAGUCACAGCCAUCCGUGAGGAGAUGAAGGAUGUCGAGAUAAUCUACAAGCCCCUCACGGAAAUGCUUAGCUGUACAGCUGAAGCAGACGUGAUAUUUACCAGCACAGCUUCUGAAAGUCUUUUGUUUACAAAGGAGCAGGUUAAGGAUCUUCCCCCUGUUGGGCAUGAUGUUGGGGGCUUGAGGCUUUUCAUCGAUAUCUCUGUUCCUCGAAACGUCGGAGCAUGUAUCAACAAUCUCGAAGAUGUACGAGUGUACAAUGUUGACGACCUUAAGGAGGUAGUUGCUGCAAACAAGGAAGAUAGGCUCCGAAAAGCAAUGGAAGCACAAUCAAUUAUCACUGAAGAAUCCAAGCAAUUUGAAGCUUGGAGGGAUUCAUUGGAGACUGUUCCAACAAUUAAAAAACUAAGGGCUUAUGCCGAAAGAAUCAGAACUGCCGAGUUAGAAAAAUGCCUAUCAAAGAUGGGUGAUGAUAUCCCCAAGAAGACUCGACGAGCUGUGGAUGAUCUUAGUCGUGGUAUAGUUAACAAGCUGCUUCAUGGUCCUAUGCAGCAUUUGAGAUGCGACGGGAGUGACAGCCGAACUUUAAGUGAAACCUUGGAGAACAUGCACGCUCUAAAUAGAAUGUUCAGCUUGGAAACAGAAAUCGCAGUGUUGGAACAGAAAAUCAGAGCUAAAGUGGAACAAAACCAGAAGUAAGCAGUAGUAAUAUUAUAUGAAACUCUCGUUCACCUCCCUUUGCUUUUACUUCCACAGUUCGAAAUAAGGGGAAAACUCCUCACCUCAGUUCAUCGUGAUCUCGAAUCCCGUAAUUAAUCUUCAUUAAUCCCUCUGUGGGAACUUUCCUUUUGAUGAUUUGUGUAUUGACAAUGGUGAAACCUGGUCUGUCAUACCUCUGUGUUGGCUUGUUCCUUGUCCAUUUGUGAGGUAAUCUUUGUACCAAGUUUGUAAUCUGUAUCUGAAAUGUGGUUAAUUUUUGUAAUUAAGAUACUGAUUUUCAAUAUAUAGAGAUAAUCCUUCAUUCUUCUGUC